UAGAUGUAUAUGAGCGCAAGCGGCGGGAUCUCUUUCCUUUUUACCGCCAUCAGCGCGGAGCUUUUUUCUUUGAGACCGCUUCACUGCGCACUGCCAUUCAGCCAAGCCGCCAGGAAAAAGGUAUUCCCUGGACUGAACCAAGAUGGCAGAUAUCGACAACAAAGACCAGGCCGAGCUGGACAUGGCAGACAUGGAGGACGUGGAGGACGUAGAGGACGAGGAGCCUGGGGAGGACGUCAACAGCAAAGCCCGUCAGCUCACCGCCCAGAUGAUGCAGAACCCACAGAUCCUGGCUGCGCUACAGGAGAGGCUGGACGGCCUGGUGGGGUCCCCGUCCGGCUACAUGGAGAGUUUGCCCAAGGUCGUCAAGAGACGGGUCAACGCCCUGAAGAACCUCCAGGUAAAGUGUGCCCAGAUCGAAGCCAAGUUUUACGAAGAAGUCCAUGAACUGGAGAGAAAGUACGCUGCCCUCUAUCAACCCCUCUUCGACAAGCGAAGCGACAUCGUCAAAGCGGCGUACGAGCCCACGGACGAGGAGUGCGAGUGGGAGGCGGACGAGGAGGAAGAGCUGACCGUAAGUAAGCAGGAAGAAAUGAAGGAAAAGGCUAAAGUAGAGGAGGAGAAGAAAGACAAAGAAAAGGAGGAUCCAAAGGGCAUCCCCGAGUUCUGGCUGACCGUGUUCAAGAACGUCGACCUGCUCAGCGACAUGUUGCAGGAACAUGACGAGCCCAUUCUGAAGCACUUACAAGACAUCAAAGUCAAGUUCUCAGACCCUGGCCAGCCAAUGAGCUUCUCGUUAGAGUUUUACUUUGAGACCAACGACUUCUUCACAAACCAAGUGCUGACGAAAACCUACAAGAUGAGGUCGGAGCCAGACGAGUCGGACCCUUUCUCCUUCGACGGGCCAGAGAUCAUUGGCUGCACGGGGUGCCAGAUCGACUGGACGAAGGGGAAGAACGUCACACUGAAGACCAUCAAGAAGAAACAGAAGCACAAGGGCCGCGGCACAGUGCGGACGGUCACCAAGACCGUGCCCAACGACUCCUUCUUCAACUUCUUCUGCCCCCCCGAAGUCCCUGAAAGCGGAGACUUGGAUGAGGACUCCGAGGCGGUCCUGGCGGCGGACUUCGAGAUCGGGCACUUCCUGCGCGAGCGCAUCGUCCCGAAGGCGGUGCUGUACUUCACGGGCGAGGCCAUCGAGGACGAUGACGAUGACUACGACGAGGAGGGAGAGGAGGCUGACGAUGAGGAAGGGGAGGAGGAAGCGGACGAGGAGAACGAUCCGGAAUACGACCCCAAGAAGGACGCAAACCCCCCGGCGGAGUGCAAGCAGCAGUGAAGCGGGACUCUGUGGCCUUGAGGAUCCUCCACACUGUAACGGCUUCUCCAACACAAACAUAGUUACUUACCGCCUUAUAAUGUUUUGUAUUUUUCUUGGUAGGAAGAAUUAAAAAUAAGAAGUUUCAACAAAUUUUUGUUACAAGAACUCAUCAGGGAGCCCGAUUUCAUGUCGGCUCAUUCAGCAUAGCAUUUUACUAGGACCCCCCCCCCCCCCCCUCCCCCUCUCCUCCCACAUCUCUGUACAAAUAGUUAGAAUGCAGUAACCUCCUCAAAAGCAUGAACAUGUUGCCACACUGCUCAGUAGUUUGGGGUCUUGUGAAGUCUUUUGUUGUAUUGCUCUUAGACAACAGCUGUGGAAAGACUAGAGUUGGGGCAACAAUGGGGGGGGGGAAAUUACAUUCAAACUUGCUUAAUUAAAAAAAAGAAUAAAGUAUAUUGUCAAUGCUGGUAGUCUGGAGUUCAGUAUAUUUGCUUCACCCCUUUUCAUAGAAAUAUAGCUCCUCCUCCUUGCAGUUGUGGUGCGGUUGCCUCUUAGGAGGAGUAUAAUUUAGUCAGCCACUUGGUCAGCUCCCACGCAAUUUAAAUGUGAUGGGAGUCGAGCUGGGCUUCUGUAACCGCUGCCCGGACCGUACCGCGUGGGUACUGGGGCUGUGGUUUCAGAAGCAAGCUGUGCCCUGUCUGAAAUCCAAACAUUCCAGUUUACAGGUGUGACGUUCCGAAUUUGUUGACUGGCUCAGUGGUGGGUGGGGGGGGAUGGACUGAAUGGACUGAAUCCUGUCAAAGCGUUCCUUGCGCUGUUGGGAUUUAGGCCGGUUUUAAUUUGUGGCGUAAAGAAAAUGUUUAGCAUGCACUCUGCUCGUGUGGUUUAGUGUCCUUAACAUUCCAGAUCAUCAUUUUGAAAAGUGGCAGUAAACUUAGGGGGGGGGUGCCUGCUAAACGUUUGGUUGGCUGUCGGACAAAAGGAUUAGCCGAAAAACUUUCGAGGCCGUCGUCGGAGACGAGAUGGUGACCUACGAGAGCCAAACUACCUAAUUUUUUUUUUUUCCGUUAAUGCAUGAAUAAAAACAAAUGUGCAGCCAAUAAUCUGACUGAAAUUUGAGGUUUUCCAUGGACAUAAUGUGCAUCCUUUUGGUUUCCUUUGCAUUGUCCAUUCUGUUGGAUGUACGUUUUGGCCACUUCCUCUAUAAAAUACUGUUAUUGUAAGAUUAUCUUGGUUAUUAAUUAAUGGGAAAGGCCUUGCUGAUUUAGGUAAUGGACUUGAUGCACGGUGUCCGUGGGAAAUUCUGCACCUGUACAGUAUAUUUUGGCAGGCAUCUGCUUCUAGAGCUGGCUGAUAAGUGGGUCACAGGACCCCGCUAAUUAAACCAACCUAAAAUAAUGAGCGGUUUUCCGCCUGCACUUAGAUUUUUAUGGAAGGAGUGGAUUUUAGUGGUUAACCGAAAACUAGCCGAAUCCUGAGUCCACUGGCUACGCGGUCGUUCGAAUUGCGGUCGACUCGGGAUUGCGGUGCCAUGCGUAUAAUUUAUCAGCAGGACUCGUACACACACCCGUAUCCAUGUUGUCUUGCGCUAGCCUGCGAUGUUACAAACACGCGCAGGGUGACCGGCUGGGUCUGUACGAGGCGGGGUUCUAACGGACAGUUUGGGGGGGGGGGCGUGUAGUGUUCCCCCACCUGCUUGCACUUCUCUUACAAUUCAGGGCCUGAACUGCCAUGGGUGUGCACUGCGGAGACUAACCAGCCCUCUCCCAACGCGAAAGCAACAGAGUACCAGUGGGGCCAGGGUGGAUUCAUACGGUCUGGCCACAGGAGUGCGUUUAAAAAGGAAAAAAAUAUCGAAAGCGAUUCUGCCUUUUCUUUCCAGCAGCUGUUGUCGAAGCAAAAUGCUAUGCUACAAAAUACUAAUGUACUCAAUAAUUGUACGUGUAUGUAUAUUCAUGAAUAAAACCAAUAAACGUG